AUGGAUAUGAUCAACAAGCGAACGGAAAUGAACGAACUGCGCAUUUUAGCUGUUGAAAGUCGCAUGAAGAUGACAAAUAAAGCAGAUGAAAACGUCGAGAACAAGCCAAAAACGUUCACAGGAGUAAAGGGAAACAAAGGCGACAAAGGGUCUGUUGGAGCAACUGGGAUAAAAGGAGAGACGGGAGCGAAGGGUCUUCAAGGACGAAAAGGAUCUAUUGGCUCAAAAGGAAAUAAAGGCAACAAAGGAUCGGUUGGUAUUCAAGGACCGAAGGGAGAAUGUGUUGUUCCUAUGAGAAUCAGUGUGUAUCCAGUAUCUCAGGAAGUUUUUGCAGGCGAGACAGCAAUAUUUUACUGUUGGGUUCAAGGCCAGACGUCGUCCACGAUAACAUGGCGUAAGCUUGGAGGUGUCCUAUCUGAUGCUACUGUGGAAGAAGGUGCACUUCGAAUCAGCAAGGUACAAAGUUCACAUGUUGGAUCUUACAUGUGUACAGCUCGCACUGGUCUAGGAAUGUUAAGAACAAUAAGCAGGCUUCAGAUAAAAGAGUCACCAAAAUUUACAAACAAACCUUCUUCAGAGGUCAUUUUGGCGCAAGGAACUACUGCAAGCUUGUGCUGUGAAGCUACAGGUUCUCCACCUCCCAGAAUUGAAUGGUACCGAGCCCAAAAACAAUCUGUUUCCAUCCCGGUUAACCAGGAAGACAGAUGUCUCCUAGUUAACACAGAUAAAGAAAACGCUGAAGGAGACUACAUCUGCCGGGCCACGAGCAGAUUAGGAUUGGCAGAGACAGUUACCACGGUGAUUGCAACGAGAUUAAUUGGUAUUUCAUGUCAGUCGAUUCGAAGGGAUCAACCUGGUGAAUCUGACGGGAUCUACUAUAUCCAUGAUAAAAGCACUAAAAUGACCUUUGCUAUAGUUGACCUCGAAAGACAGAAACAUUACAAACUUCCACUUUGUUUAGACACCGUAAAAGUUCAGUUCAAAUCCAAAUGUUCAAGACAAAAGUCACGCUAA